GCAUACAACUGUAUAUUAAUAUUGGAGUCUCUUAUUUACUAUAUUUCUUUUUACAUUAAGGCAGCAUGAUACAUGUCUUGACGUCCACUUGCAACAUUCUCGCAUGGAGUCAUUCAUGUUGUCCUAAAUGUAGUUGGGUACAGCCCUGUGACCAUAAAAGAAGAAAACCGCAUUUCACAGUCUUCAGUCAAGCAUAGACAUGCCCCAUUCUGAGUGUGAAACCGGUUCGAAAGUUUCGGACCCACAACAUUCCCAGAAACUCCUCAGGGUGCUGCGCGUCUUCUGGCAAGAGCACAGUUUCCACGAUGCGCUGCUGGUGGUGGAUGGGGAGGAGCUGCCUGUCCAGAAAAACAUCCUGGCUGCUGCUAGCCCUUAUAUCAGGACCAAGCUGAACUACAAUCCUCCAAAGGAAGAUGGGUCUACGUACAGAAUCGAGCUGCAGGGCGUCUCCAUGGCCAUCAUGAAAGAGAUCCUGGAGUAUAUCUUCAGCGGUGAAAUCACUUUGAGUGAAGAGACCAUCCAGGACAUGGUGCAGGCGUCCGACAUGCUCCUCAUGACUGACCUCAAGUCCCUCUGCUGCCAGUUCUUAGAGAGCUGCAUCACUGCAGAGAACUGCAUCGGCAUCCGGCUCUUCUCUCUGCACUACUGCCUGUACCACGUCCACUACGCCGCCACCGAGUUUCUGCAGACACAUUUUGGCGAUGUGGCGCUCUCCGAGGAGUUCAGGGAGCUGCCCCUGGACCGGCUCUGCGAGGUGUUGGCCAUGGAGAAGCUGAACGUGGGCAACGAAAGGCACGUGCUGGAGGCUGUGGUGCGAUGGUUCGCGCACGACCCAGAGGACCGCAGGGUCCACAUGAGGGAAGUGAUGUCUGCAGUAUGGCUGCAAGGCCUGGAUGUCAGUUACCUGAGAGAGCAGGCCAUGGGGGAGCCGCUGAUGAGGGAGGUGAUCAGAGAGUACUGUCAGCCGGUGCUGAGUGCUGGGGCUCUGCAGGGUGAGGCUCUGCUUGCUGCCUUCAAACCCAGAGGUUACUCAGAGUGUAUAGUUGUCGCCGGAGGAGAGGACCGCAAAACCAGGAAGCCAACUGCUGUGACGCACUGCAUGUGUCCGCUCUACGACACCAACAGACAGGCCUGGAUCGAGCUGCAGCCAAUGAGUGUAGCCCGCCUCGGCCACGGGGUGGUCGCUGCCGAGGGUUUUCUGUUUGUGAUGGGCGGAACAGACGAACACAGCACAGUCCUGGACAGUGGAGAGAAAUAUGACCCUGACUCCAACACCUGGAGCCCCAUACCCCCAAUGCUGCAGGCUCGUCAGAACUUUGGUGUGGUCGAGCUGGACGGUCUGAUAUACAUUCUCGGAGGAGAGAAUGAAGCAACGGAACUGAUCACUGUUGAAGUGUUUGACCCUCACUUGAAUACCUGGAAAAUGCAGACCAGCAUGACCAUGAUCCGCAAGGUCGGCUGCUACGCUUCCAUGAAUAAGAAGAUCUAUGCCAUGGGUGGGGGCUCCUACGGAAAGCUGUUUGACUCCGUUGAAUGCUUUGACCCCAAAACCCAACAGUGGACGGGCCUCUGCCCUCUGAAAGAGAGAAGGUUUGGUUCGGUGGCGUGCGGUGUCGGCCAGGAGCUCUAUGUGUUCGGUGGGGUUAGAAGCCAAGAGAACGACAAUCCCGAGCAAAGACACAUGAUGACCUGCAAGUCUGAGUUCUACCAUGACGAGAUGAGGAGGUGGAUGUUUCUGGAUGACCAGAACCUGUGCAUCCAGACCAGCUCGUCCUUUGUUUACGGUGCUGUGCCCAUCGGAGCCAGCAUCUACGUAGUGGGAGACCUGGACACGGGAACAAGCUUCGACUACAUCCGGGAGUUUCGCCGGAGCACCGGGACGUGGCAUCGCACCAAGCCUAUGUUACCCACCGACCUCUCCAAAACCGCCUGCGCCGCUCUGCGCAUCGCCAACUGCCGACUGUUCCGCCUUCAGCUGAGUCAGGGCAUGUUCCGAAUCAGAAUCUGACUCCACGUUUGCACACCGGUACUUUCUACCUGCUGUAGUCUGGUUAGAUGUUGAGGAUUGUUAAUGUCUGUUCAGAGGGUUAGGGUUUUUUUACUCAAGAUUUUUUUCCUGUAUGACUUGAUGGGACAAAAGUUCAUCUAAACAAGUUUUUAACAUCAUGGGUUUUGUGGAUUUUUUUUUUAGAACUCUAAAUAUUAUUUUUUUUUAACAUGGGAUUUGAUUGUUUUUGGCAUUGUGUUUUAAUGGACAUUCCUCCCUGUAAUGUUUACUGGUAAUAAUGUUGCUCUGUGUGGGAUUUAAAUGUACAAUAUGUUAUUUCUGCCGUUAGGGGGUCUCUCAUAACAAAACAAUAACAAACUUCUACUGGGCCGAAUUAUCGUCCUCUCCGCUGAUUAAAACCACUAAAAACACUGAAUAAAGUAGUUCCACCUUAAAAUCAUCACUGCUUCUCCCACACUGUUGGACAGACAAAGGACGUCCCGGAGGGGCUGCGAGCCGAGCUGCUGCUAACGUUAGCUCGGCUUUGAAAGCUAAAAUCCUUCAUCUGGUUAAAAUAUAUAGUUAAAAACCACCAAGAUGUAAAAAGUGUAUAUACAUAUAUCAAGUAAGUACACAAUGAUUGUGACUUUGAUCCUAGACAGGCCAAAGUCACAGUGUGUGAGGACCUUCAGUGCCAUGAUUGUCAGUGGAAACUGACAUUUUUUGCUAUCUUUCUGCCUAUAGAUUAAGAAACCCCAGCUAUGCAGCAAAUCGAUCAUAGACAAUGUAGAAAUCACUAACUGAGGUUGUAGAGGAUGAAGGUUGUCGAAAGAAAUCCCGAACUAAUCCCAGAAUGCUUUGCAUUAACUGAAUGUUUGCACGUCAGAGCACCAGUGCUUUGCUUGAUAGUCUGUUUUUAUCUUUGACCAACCUAGCCUGCUCAGAAAUAGAUGUCGCUGCGACCGACACUCUUGAGUUUCUUGAUGUGUUGCAGCCUCCGUGACCUCUGACCUGGCUUUCCAGUCAGUACAGUUUUGGCAUCCCUUGACCCCAUUUGUUCUGUGUGAGUUACAGCUGCUGCUGUCUGUCCUCAGCUCAGGGGCAGCACGUACAAAGUAAACACACAGCGUCAGUGGAGCUCAUGGAGUGUUAAUACAAACACACCUCUUAAAGACACUCGUUGAAACUGAGGUAUGAACAAUAAAGCCCAAUACAAAGUAGUCUUAAAAUUGUAAAAAAAUCCAUGCUCUUGCUAGUAAAUUUUAAACAAGUACUGUACAGUUAUGUGUUCUUGUGUGGAAAACAUUAAAAUCAGUGUAGCAUAUUAGCUCUCUAAUAAUCAGGGUAAGCAAACAGUUUUUUUUAAAUGUAAAUACACAAUUUGGGAUCCAAAUCUAAACAAAACCCACCCCCAGCAUCCCUUUGCACCAGCUGAACCUAAGUUCCCCAGCAUUAACUGAUACAUUGCAACUAUUUGCAAUAGAUCAUUUAUUUACAGUUUUUUUUCCACUAAGGUUAAGAUGUCUCACACGUACGGUCAUAAAUAGUAAUAGAAGUAGCUGAAGUCAGCUGCUUAACAGUUAAAGUUAUCCUAUGGAGUUGCAGGUCUUACAAUACACGGCCCAAGUGGUGUAAGUGGACUGUUACCAUCCAGUGUAGAUUGCACUGACGAGUCAUUUUCAUCAUAGUUUUCGUCGAUAAUAAUAAUAAAAAUGUUUUGAAAAACAAAUGUUUAUGUCGACAGAAACGAAAUCUGAGUGAGGAAAAAAAAAGACAAAAAUGUUACUUGAAAGGCACUACAAGCUAAAAGAAAUCACUGCUGUCUUGUACUGUGUAGAGGAGUGAAGAAAUGUAGAGAAAUGUUUAAAUAAUGCAUUGCACUUUAACUAAACACUAAAGUUACUGUACAUUUAAUCGACUGAAAUCAUGUGAUAUUUAGUCGAUUAAAGCAAGCCAGUCUUUAAACGCUUUGCUGAAUAGAGACUGAGCAUUAACUGACUUUCUCCCAACUUUUGUUGCUCAAACUAGGUGGAAACAAUUGACCUUUCCUAAGCCACGCCCCUUUUGGAACCUCUUUCUACUUUCCUGUACUUAGAUAUGCUAUGUGCUAGGCUAAUCUAUAUUGAAAGGACAACCACAUUUUGACACACAAGAUGGUUAAAAAAGUUAAAGCAACAUAGGCUUUAUAUAGUCACAUCUUAAGUUGGUUAAAGUUAGCAGAAUUAAGUUUAAGGAAGGAGAAAGUUGACCCAGGUUCUGACUGAGGCUUGCUCAACUGUUAUUGGAGGACAUAGCAAAAAAGGGGCAGGUUAGGGUUGGGAAGGGUCAAUUAGAGAGUUUAAAAAGAAAACCUGCAUUGCAGAACCAGGGGCUUUAGGGCAAUGACAUGCAGAAGUCGUGAGCUGGUAAACACUGUCAUACCGUAUAUAUCGUUGGUCGGGAUAUCCAAUUUCAAUGUUAAUAAUAAUGUAUGUUAAAAACAAAAUAUUGUUGUUUGCUAUAUGCCACUUUCUUCACUGCGAAGGAGAAUGGGGUGAGAGCAUUGUUUCAGGUGAGGUGUGUCCUUGAAGUAAGGGGCAUUGUUUGUUAGUGGCUGUUCUCAAUGCUGUUUGAGGAACUACUUUGCCUUUGGAAAUUGGUGAGCUCCAAUAUGACUAAAGCUAACUUAGUCAAAAGACUAUGACUUAAACUAAAUCACACAUUUCUGUCAAAAUGAACGAAAAUGGUAUAUUGAAUAUUGUGCUAAAUAAAUGAAAGGGUCAGUAUUGCUACUGUAUCACACCCCAGUUGAAACAGUUCUCAUACAGUAUGUUCACACUGAUAUGACACACCAGCUGAAAAAGGAUUUCCUGGAGCUCUACAAAGCAGCAGGACCAUUCUGAAUAUUGCUCUUCCUUAUUUUUGCUUAGACACUUAACAUUCCAUAGUGUCUCAUCAUUUACAGUAAAUACAUCCAGUUUCCGAGCUGCUCUGUACCCUAAACAAUGCUUGCUCUCACAUGUUAACACCUUAUGACUAGCUGUGUUGUGAUACACUGGUACACGCACAUAAGGGAAAAUAAUAGCACUCUAAACUGAAAAUAGUCUUUAACCAAAGUUGUGUUGUGAAAGGUGGGGUGUGAACUGCUUCAGUUUGUACUUUUGUAACUGAUGCAUGAGGAAGUUUCGUAAGAUGUUGCCCUGUGUGUCAUUCAUUUACGUCAAAGGAAUUAAAACACCAAAGUGGUCACUGA